AGCCACCGUUGGUCAUCGUCAAAGUUUGGAAGAUAUGCAAUCCACGAGUUGCAUCCGUUUCGUCCGUUCAAGUUCUCGCUUGCGAACGCUCGAGGGAUGAGUUUUGUUUUGGUGGUUGAGGACUCGAAACAUUUUGCCAUUUAGUUCAGUUUAGUCACGAUACAAACGCAGCCCACGACGCACACUCCCUAACGCACUCUGUAGACUCAGUAGCCGAACGAGAAGAAAAACUUUAACCUUCAAAAACCAAAUUUGUUCCCCGAUAUAUUUAUUGCUCCUCGUGCAGUUCUUGGAAUAUAAUUACCUCAUACUUUGGAUUCACCGUUUCAGCUGGAAAAAGAAACCAGAAGAGAUUACAAUGACAGGUCAUGUUUACUACGAUCGACCCAUCAGUCACCGAGGAUACUUGAGUUCUUAUGACAGUUCUUACGGUUGCACGGAUACUUCUCUAUCGCCUUACACGUCAUCACUUCGGAGCAUCUACAUGCCAACGACUUAUUGGAACACGUAUCAUCCGUCUAUUUAUUCUUCGUACCCACGCGUCUCAAUCUAUUCAGUCACGCCAACUCCUCGGAUACUGACGUAUCAUACGGCCAUACCCAGGACCGCACAUCGGCGUUGGUGGAAUUUGAAUGCGUCACCGACUGCUUCAACCCGUGAGCGACUGUUAAGAUACUCGGCUCUCUAUGACGACGAAGACGAUCUAGAGCGCAUCAUGACUCAGGGGCAAAAAUACAAUGCGGUUUCAUCCUUGAAGGAUACCUUCUCCAACACUAUACAAGACAUCGAAGACGAUAUACGAAAUUGGCGCUAUGCGGCUUCGUCAGUCCUUAACCGCUUGACUCCCGUUAAGGCGUCCAACGUGAAGUUGACUCGUUACAACCCGUCUCGCUAUUUGAGUGACAGUAGUGACUUCAAGAGAGACGGGCCUAAGUUCCGACCAUCUUCUUUGAGGUCUUACGAAUACUCAAAGUUCCAAGCACCCAUCUAUGACGCGGGCCGCUCUCUAUACGUGUCUAGUCGUUCGAGGAAUUGGGAUUCGCUAAAGGAUCAAGGUAGUUUGGCGAGCAUCACUUAUCCAGGAAAUUAUCAUCAGUCGAAGUUCAGAGUUCCAAAAUGCUCCGAAGACGACAGCAAAAUCAAACGCGGAAUUUCUAUUUUAUCUCACUACAUACUGCCGCGUAACAAUAUGGAUUAAAUCAGAACUAAACUAUGAAAACUGUAUUGAAGAGAGCGUGACAACUGACAAGUCCCAAACAUAAUAAUUUCUUCUCGCUAAAUAAGAAAACUAAUUUUCAAAUGAAGGUAUAACUUAACGCUAUACAUUGUUCUACAUCUUAUAUAGGGUAACGCCGAUGCUCAAAUGUUAAUCUUGGAUAAAAAUAAUAGCUGUUGUUAGCAGCUGAGAAUCGGAAUGCCCAAUUAUUUAAAAAAUAGUAAAACAAAUGCUGAAUUAAAAUAUGCAACCAAUGGGUACGAAUGUCUCCGGCACCACCUUGGAACUUGUUGCGUGGAUAAAGGUUAAGAUGAUUAUCAAACUGUCUGAAACUUAAUUCUUCCUCUUUUCCUUGCUGUCACGUUUGAGCUAUAUUGUUCCUCAUACUUAUAGUGUACCCGAGGCAUAUACCUUUUCCGUUUGUAUCGAGAAGGAAUUCAUCGCUUACUAAAGAAUUUAGAAAUUUUAAUUUUUUAAUUGAAAAGACCCGUCGUCCACCGUCGUCAUUUGGAUUUGUCCAAUGUCUCUCCCUGCUUUUAAUGUGUUUCCUUUUUCUUAUCUACCGGUACGGCGGUACCGCAUCAGCUUCGAUUCUUCUUUCUCCUGGCAAUGCUCCCGUUGAGUGGAAAUAAUCACAAGUGAUACGUGACUCGGAUAUACGUUUUUAUAAAAGUCAUUUGUAAAGCGUUGGCCCCGGAGGCAAUAUGUUUUUUUCUUUUAAUUUGAAAGUAAACCUGUUUCACGAAGGUAA